AUGAGAUUCAAUCUGAUCCUUGUUCUUCUUACCCUUGCUGUCGCCUCUGUAAACGCAGGAGCUUUUUCAGAAUUCUGGGAUAGUUUAUUUCCCAAACCGAUUGCUGUCAACGAUGUCAUGAUGUCUCACGACAGCUCUACCGGAAAUUCCGCCACCAAGACUAAAGAUCCGUAA